AUGGCAUCGCCUCACCCGACACAAGGCUCCGCGCCCGCCACACAACCUCUCACACCUCCCGCCGAGGCGCCCACGACGAACGGCAUCUCAGGCUCCGCCGCAGCAACCACUACCACUACAAACUCACAACCAGCAGCGCCUACCUCGGCUACCGCACCGACCACCUCCACUGCGCCAUCUUCUCAUGUCCCUGGCACAUCGCUCCAAGACAGCGGCAAGUCACGACGCCCACGCGAUGUCCGUCUCGUGCACAUGCUCCUCGCAUCUCUCGGCGUGACCGCGUAUCAAGACCGUGUUCCCCUGCAACUGCUCGACUUUGCCUAUCGGUACACGUCCAAUGUGCUGCAGGACGCGGUACACCUCGCUACAGAAGGUUACGCCGCCGCAGUGCCCGACACGACGGGGACUAGCAAGGGUGCCCCGUCCGCUGAGACGAAUGGCGUCUCACUGCCCGCGCUCAGACUCGCCAUUGCGUCGCGAUUACACUAUCAGUUCCAGACUGGCCUCCCGAAGGAGUUUCUCAUGGAUGUGGCCUCGGAACGGAAUCGCAUUGCGCUCCCCGGUGUAUCGAGAGGAUUUGACCCGGCGGCGAGUGUGAAUGGGAAUGCACCGGCGGCGAACGCCAAUCAAAGCAUCAUGAUGGCCGGUAUGCGAUUGCCGCCUGAACGAUUCUGUCUGACCGGGACGGGGUGGACGAUGAAGGAUGAAUGGGACAGUGAAGGGGAGGAGCAAGAGGAAGAGGGGUUACCUGAUGCGCCGCAGCAACAGGCCAAGGGAUCGGAAGCGGCGAAGACUGGCGAGGGUGCCGAGGAAGAAGGUGGCGAUGAGGACGAGGGCGAUGGGAAGAUGGAAGACAUCUUUGGCGAAGAUACCGCCAUGGGUGAGGCGGGCGAAGCAGACGAAGAUCAAAAGAUGGGUGAUGCCUAA